GCCAUCCUCAUUCUCUUUCUCGUUAGCUCUUAGCUCGUUAGCUAUCAGAAUUCUAGUUUCCAUACUUUCAUGGUGUUAAAGAUUUAAAUUUUAAGAGUCAAGUAUUAAGUGUUAACUUUACAGUAAUAACUACCUAUUGGUUUUGUAUUUUAUUAUUUUAAGUAAAUAAGUAAUAACUAGAUGUCUAAGUAUUUUAGUUCAUAGGAUAUAACCAAUUUAUUUGUAUAAAGAUGUUAAGUCUAGUUAAACACUCUGUUAACAAUUUAAACAAAUGGUGUUGGUGUACAAAGACUAUGACCGUGCGAGGUUUAAACUCUUGGACUGGUGGUAAAAAAUACCUCGGAUUCACGUAUUAUCCUAGAGAAGGUGAAGUGGACCCGCCAUAUACAGCAACAAAAUUAUUCAUGGUUCAGAGAGUUAAACGUUAUUUAUAUAAUCCGUAUUGGCAAAAAAAAAUUUUGACCGAUAUGGGCUUAGAUCAUAAAGGUAGUGAUAUAGCUAUUGUAAAAAAUACACCAGAAAUGAAUGCACGAUUGUGGAAAGUUAAACAUUUAAUAAAAAUAACACCAAUACAAACACCUGAUGGAUUACCAGAAAAAGAAGAAUAUUGGGGUACACAUUUAGAUACUGAAGGUGUCUUUAGGAUUUCAAAGAAACUUUUACCUGAUAGUAAGCGAUUAGAAGCUACUGAAGACUUUGAAAAAUUGGCCAAUCGAGUAGAUAAAGAUACAGUAGAAAAAAACUGUCGUAACAAGUGGUUGAAUCCGUGGUCAACUAUUGUAUAGUUUGCAUUUAAUACUCUUAGUAGUAAUGUAAAAUACCUAAGUAUAGUUUAUUAUCGAUUAAUUUUUUUAAAUUUAUUUAGUUCAUUUAAAAAGCAUAUUAUUUUGUUGGAAUAAACAUUAUUUUAUUUUGGUACUAUUGCUUAUUCUAUAAGCAAAGAACAAUAUGCUAUAGCUUUGGUAUCACCCAAAAUAUUUUGAAAUAUAUAUCAUGUAUCUUUUUUUUAUUUAUUAAGAUUUUAUCAUAAAAUGAUUGUAUCUCGAAACAUUAACAUAUGUAUUGACAUAUGACACAUGUCUUUAAAAUGCUGAAAUGAAUAGUUUUUAAUCUUUGGAUUACAAAAAAAAAAAUUGCUUUUA